AUGGAGCUGUUUCUUCCAUCUCACAUUUCUGAGUUGAGGGUUGUUCUUCUGGGGAACAGCUGGUCUGAGAGGAGUUAUGUUGGGAACUUAUUACUGGGAGAGACCAAGUUCAACACUGAGCAGAUAAACGUGGUCCUCAUCAACACUCCAGAUCUGCUGCUUCCCAACAUCUCUGAUGACGAACUGACAGAACAUGUAGAACUCUGUGUGAGACUCUCUGAUCCUGGACCUCAUGUGUUCCUGCUGGUUCUACAGCCUGAAGACUUCACUGAGGAACACAGACGGAGGAUCUGCAGAGUCCUGAAUCUUUUAAGUGAUCGAUCAUUUCACCAUUCAGUGGUAUUAAUGUCCAGAGACCAGAGUGGUGGAGUCAUGACGCAGGGUAACCGCUAUCCACCAUUCAAAGACAUUGUCAGACAGUGUCACUUUAGAUCCUUGGAGAUGAAAGAUGUUGAACUUUCAGAUCUGUUAACCAGAGUGGGAAGGCUGGUGACAAGAAACAACGGAGAACAUUUGAGGUGUGAUGUAUUAAAGAAGGCAAAUUAUGCUACUUUGACGAGUGGACGUCAAAUCCAGACAAAGACUGAAGCAGCCAGAGUUCAUCAGGAUCCUGUGAGUCCUUCUGCAUCUGUACUCAGCACUGCUGUUCGGGGAAAAAACAAGAAUGAACCUACCCGCUUUCCCAGAGAAUGCGGAGGAAGACAGGAUGAUGUGUUUAAAGAGGAUCACAACCAGUUGAUGGAGAAGAUCGUCAACACUGUAGAUAAAAACAAAGGAACCUUCCUCCCCUUCCCUGAAGAGACAAGAAGACCAAAGUCUGAACCCAUCAAACCUCCUCUGAACCUGGUCCUGUGUGGUAGAAGAGGAGCUGAGAAGACUUCAGCAGUCAAUGCUAUUCUGGGACAAAGAAAGUUUGGUGGACCUGAAGACUCAUCAGAGUGUGUUAAAACCCAGGGAGAGGUGUGUGGACGUCGGGUUUCCCUGCUGGAGCUGCCUGCCUUGUAUGGAAAACCUCAGGAGGCAGUGAUGGAGGAAUCAUUCAGGUGUAUUUCCCUCUGUGAUCCUGAGGGUGUCCAUGCCUUCAUCCUGGUCCUACCUGUGGGUCCCCUCACUGAUGAAGACAAGGGAGAGUUAAAGACCAUCCAGGAUACAUUUGACGCCAAAGUCAGUGAUCUCACCUUGAUUCUGUUCACCGUAAAGUCCACACCCACACAUCCAGAUGUUAUCAAAUUUGUAAAAAAUAACAGGGAAAUCCAGGAGCUCUGUCAGAGCUGUGGAGGAAGAUACAUCAUCUUCAACUUGAAGGACAAGCAGCAGAUCCCAGAACUUCUGGAAACCGUGGAGAGGAUGAGAGAUGAACGGUCCGAAUGCUCCAAGGUUUCGGUUAAUUUCCUCCAAGAGAGUCACAACACCAGAUUUAAAGAUGAUGAAAGGAAGAGUUCAAUGCAACAUCAGAGCAGAGAUCCUCUCAGGAUGGUUCUGGUCGGGAAGACCGGCAACGGGAAGAGCGCAACAGGAAAUACCAUUCUGGGUGAAGUCAAAUUUGAAUCUGUCCCUUCCAUCACGUCAGUAACUAAGACUUGCCAGCAAGCAGCAGGAGAGAUUGAUGGACAGCCGGUAGUCGUGGUCGACACCCCCGGUUUGUUUGACACAGAUCUUUCCGCUGACGACAUCGAGCAGGAGCUGCUGAAAUGCAUCAGCAUGUUGUCUCCUGGACCUCACGUGUUCUUACUGGUGCUGCAGGUCGGUCGAUUCACACAGGAGGAAGAACAGGCCGUGAAAAUGAUCAAGAAGAUCUUUGGAAACAGUUCAGGAAACUACAUCUUCGUCCUGUUCACCAGAGGAGAUGAUCUCAGUCAGUCACCAGAGAGCUACAUAGAAGAAGGUCGCCAUGGCUUCCUCAAACAGCUGAUCGAUGAAUGUGGAGGCAGAUACCACUUCUUCAACAACAAAGAUCCCACAAACCACACGCAAGUCAGAGAGCUGCUGAACAAAGUCCAGACGAUGGUGAAGAACAACGGCAGCAGCUGCUACACCAUGACGGCAGAUAUACAAAACCAGAUGAAGAUGGUUGUCAAAGAGGUGAAAGACUUGCAGAGAGAGAUCGAUGAUCUGGUUAGAAAACACAAGAGAGAACUGACAAGAGUGAAGACUAAACUGGGAACUUACGAGUCUUUGAUGGGAGAAGAUCGGAAUAGGAACACCCGUGAGAUUAAAGAGAUGGAGGAGAAAGUGUCGAUGCUCAAGGCAGAACUGGAGAGACUGAAAGAGAAACAAGAAAACGAAAAUCGGAACUCGAGACGGAGAAACGGAAAGUGCAGAAUCUUAUAA